GAAGAAGAAAAAAAGAGGCGUCAACUUCCGGAUUUCAAAAGUUUGAGAGCAACGAACAACGGCGCUGCGCUGAAACGACGCAGGGUAACUAACGUUGUGUACAACCCGAUGAAUCAAUGUGUUGCGUGCUGAGAUGUCAUCGCCUGCGACACCUCACAGAGCCAACAUGCGGACCCCUGGUCGAGAACCUGACUCCCCACUUCCCCCCAUCCAUGAGCGGCUAGCGUACCUGCGGCCCUCCAGGGAGCUGCUUGAGUUCUACAGAGAGAAGAUUGCCCAGUUUGACGGAGAACAUGAGGACUUACUGCAGAUGCUGGACAAGUACAAAGGCAUCACAGAAGACCAGCAUAAAUUGCAGUGGGAAGUACGACAGCGUGAGGGAGAGAUUGCAGAGCUGCAAAACGCUCUGAGUGACAUGCAGGUCUACCUUUUCCAGGAGAGGGAACAGUCUCUACGGCUUUACGCAGAAAAUGACAGACUAAAGAUCAGAGAGUUGGAGGACAGAAAAAAAAUCCAGCACCUUCUAGCCUUGGUGGGUCCUGAUACAGGGGAGAUCACAUAUUUCCACCAAGAGCCUCCUCACAAGGUCACUAUCAAACAGAAGAUCACAGAGUCCAGAUUUGAGGAAAAUCUCAACCUACGGCCAACACAGUUGAGACCUGCUGCAAACAGGAAAGGAGAGAGUGGCAGGAGAACUAAGUCAGCCGACGGGUUAAUUCGAGAGAGCCUGGAACAAUACAAGAAUGAUAACCAGACGUUGUUACUACAGGUGGAGGCUCUGCAGGCUCAGAUGGAGGAACAAACGCGUUUGGCCAAAGAGCAAGUGGAGUCCCUGCUGGAGGAUCGACGGAUUCAAGCUGAGGAAGCCGAGGCCCAACGGCAGAGGGAUCAGGAGCGAAUCCCGGCUCUUACCGACAAGCUCCAGCGAACCCAGAACCUCUUGUAUGAGAGCACCAGAGAUUUCUUACAGCUAAAGUUUGACACACGGGCUCAUGAGAAGGGCUGGAUGGUGGAAAAGGACCGGCUGCUGAGGGAGCUGGACUCCUGCCACAACCGCCUGAGGAGGUCUGGAUCUACCGGCGCGGAGGCAGGCCGAACGUGGCAGCCCAGCAGCAGCACGGCCCUGCUCCUCCCGAGGGUUCAGCCGGAGUUCCAGCAGGCGCGCAAGGAGGAGCUUAAAGCAUUGCAGGAGGAUCUGAAGCAAGCCCACCGGCUGGCAGAGAUGUACCGGGAGCAGUGCGUUACAUUGGAGACAGAACUGUCCCAAAUCAGAGAGGAGGGGGAUGUAGGCAGGGAAAUAUUCAAGGAGCGUUCAGACAAAAUGGCCAAGCGUCUUCAGCUGAUGACGCAGCGCUAUGAGGCGCUGGAGAAGAGGAGGGCCAUGGAGGUGGAGGGCUUCAAGACAGAUCUCAAGCACCUCAGACAGAAAUUCAAAGACGUGGAAAAACAACUCCUCAAGGUUACUCUUGAUAUCAGACCCAACCAGGACUUGGCCAUUCUGCAUGAGGUACGCCAGACCAACGGCCGCACCAAGAAGGUUCAGGGUGAGCUGAUGACGCUGAAGGCCAAGAUCUAUGGGCUUGAAAACCAGCUGAGGUUCAGCUGAGCAUUGGACUGUGGCGUCGACUGUCUGCCUGUCAAGGAUGGUCGAUGUGAGGUUUAUGGCUGUGUUUGUGCCACUGUGAACAUUACUGAAAUGUGAUGAUUAUGUGAAUGUUAUUUCUAUUUUGUACUUUGUACUAAUAAAGCUGUUCUGCUUUAACAAUUUUGA